GUCUGUGAAUGAUUGUAUUGUGCUGUUUAUCUGUUGUUGUUGUCUCUAAAAAUGAAAAUAAAGUUUGAAAAAAAGAUGGAGCAUCAUCAUGAUGCAAGACGGAGAAGAGGACUUCAACAUUUGGAAUAUGUGAACGAGUCAGGACCGCAGAACGUCUCGGCACCGUUCCGGAAUCGUGCUGUUCAGCAGUGACAUCAUUGCUAACACUGGCUCUUCAUGAACUCAGACAUAUAACUUUCAAAAUGCCAUUCUUUAAACACAUAUUCACAGAGAGCUGUUUUAAAAGGCGGUAUUCAAAAGGUGUGUAGUACGCGGUGUAUGUGAGGCCAGCAGCUCUGACAAAGACGGAUCAACGUAGACAAAUUUUUGAAAAGCAUCUUUGACUGAGCAUAAGUUGUUUCAUGCUGCUGGUCAUUUCUUUGAAACUGUCUGCUGUGGGAUGUUGGCUGUGUCAGCUGCAGCGCUGCAUUGGGAGACACCACAAAGCUGCUGGCAGUCUUGUGGAAAGACUUCUGUGCUGUCCUGGCUUUGAUUCCCAGCCAGUGUCAUUCAUUUUUUUUUUAUAAAUUUGGUUAUAUUCUGUUUUGUACAGAAAUGUGAAAUGAGCUAUUUGGUGUUGGUAAGUGCUCUAUCUGUGCUUUUGUAGUAUGAAAAUGCUAUGAAAAAUACUUUCACAUAGGUUUGUAUUAAAGUCAAGAUAGAUUUGGGAAACAGUCGUCCUUGUUUAGGUCAACACCUGUUUUCUGACCAUCUGAAUGCACUUCAGGGUCACUCGCCUGCUGUGAUCUGAGACCAAUAUUUCUCCUCUUUGUCGAUUGAUCUGCGCCCUCGCCUCCUCCUUCCUGAGUCCAUUAUGCCCUGCAGAGUCAUCAGUUGUGAACCAUAUACUCUGUUCUUUUUGAGUCUGAUUGCCUUUAGGCUGAGUGUGCAUGUAGAGAUUAAGAUUAGAGUUAUUAUCGUCAUAUUUAUUGCUAAACUUGACUGUAAAGCUUGGAGGGGGAAUUAUUUAUCAGUCAAAUGCCACAAGAAAAUAUUCCAUGUUUAGUUGUAAGUGCCCCGUUGGGUUGUUAGUGUAGAUUUUUAAACAUCAGAGUAACAGUAUUAUAAAUGAAGCAAUCUACGUAAUAAAUGUAAAAUAAAUGUCCUUGGAUGGAAAUAAAACUAAAUUGCAGUACUGUACUUGUAUAAUGGUCUAGUGAGAUCACAAGUAACAUUUAACUUACGACCUGCUCAACAUACAUCCACCCGUACAGAUGCUUUUUUUUUUAUUCAAUGUUUGGCACCGCAGCACGUAGCAGCCCGGCAUCGCGUUCGACAGUUAUGGCAGCACAGUAUCCCAGCAUCUCACUCUCACACAGCCAUCUACCACUACAGUAGUAUCUAUAAACCUUGCAUUGGCUAUUUUGAAUGGCAUUCGACUUACAUUCAAUCCGACUUACGACCGGUUGGUCGGAACCGAUCCUGCUCGUACGUCGGAUGUUACUUGUACUUUGUUAUAUCAAAACAGAAUAUUAAGAAAUAAAACUAGAGCACACAGUGAGAGCAAACCUCCACCAAGCAGCUUCAGUUCACCCCUAACAUAAUCUCCAAUGACAAGUGUCCUUCAAAAAAAAAUCCUGGAUCCAAUUGUCGCAUUGUCACAAAUGUCUCCCACUGUUCAAGAAUCCUUUAUAUAAUUCCUGAAUCAGGCCCAAAAUAGAAUCAUUUGUUUGUUGUCCCAGUUCACAUAUUUCCUUUAUAUCCAAAUCCUUCCAUGACUUUUCAAGUUACUUUGAAGACAGACAGACAAAAGAAAAAACAUAAUGUUGCUGGAGGUAUAUAAUGAGAAUGACGAAUGAAAUGUAUUCAGAAUUACAUGAUCAAGCAAAUUGCCUUUUAUGUCCGGAUCAUAUCUUUAGCUUGUAUGCUGCCUAGUUAGCAGGUUAGCACUUUUGUCAGUUGGUCAAAGACCUCCCAAUUUACCACCAUUAUAUUAACGGUUAUAUUUGACUGAAGAUGUCCAAAACAUUCCCAAGCCAACUCAUCUGCUCAUCUGCUACAAAUAACCAUUGGACUGCAAACGCCUUCUUUAGGAUGACACCAGAGAUCAGUCCAGCAGCAUCGAACCCUUAAUACAAGAAACACAACUCAUACUUAGGGUGAAAGGUCUGUAAUUGCCCUUGAGCUUUUCACCAAAUGCUCCCACAACUUCUCCCUUAGAACCCAUUCCAUAACACAUAUGCUCUGAAUAGUCAUGCGACCAGUCCCCCUGGCACUGGUUGUGGUUUAAUGCUUAUGGUCUGAGGUUCAACAACCGCUUCUCUUGAGCACUUGGAGGAGUGGGAUGCCACUGCAAACAGCACCUUUCCGGUCAAGAGGGGAACCACCACCCUGGUGUGAAACUCCAUUAACUCAGGACGCGCUGAUGUGAAAGUGUAUUGCGAAAUGACUUUACAUGACGAAUAAAUGAUGUGUUUUUUUAAGCAUUUUCCACGCAGUAUUUUUCCAUGCUCUGUGAGUGUUUUAUUGUUAGUAUCCAGCUGAAUGACCUGGUAGACACAAGCAGCGCCACACAGGGCAGGGCAGCCCCCACCACUCUAAGUGCUGUUCAUAUCCCGACCAUCAGCGGCUUCGGAUCAAUGCCUGGUUUUACAGCUCUGCAUCCUUGAAAUGACUGAGCAAAUAAAGAUUGGGAAGAUUGUCAAUCUAUAAGUGGAGCAAUAUCUUUAGUCCCGGCCCCCUAAACAAACACACCAACAAAGGCUUAUACGUACACUUAUAAAAAACACUUACACUCAGCUCUGUGUGAGGAGAUGGAGGAAGUGGUGAGGUGGGGGUGGGUGGAGCCACUGAGUUGAUGGAGUUGUGGAAGCGAUCCUAAACUCCACCGUCUCGAAAAUCAGAUGACAGCAAUGGAUGAGCUGCAUUCUGAUCGCAUUUUGCAUCAUUUUCGGGGUGCUGACUCCAACUUCCACACCGAGGGAGAUGAGGGAGUUCUUUUUAGAAGAGGACACUUUGUGGCCGAUCCAUUUGCAUUUUUAACUAGUCGGCGCUUUAACUGGGCGACGUGAUUUAAGUGAAUCUAAAUGCUGAUGCCGGAACAUUAAAGACUCGAGUCAGGAGAUGAUUGACCGUGAGAGGCUUCGUCCGUUGUAGCUGCUCAUCAGAGAGGCUAUCUUCAUGUGAAAAGGGCUCCUGUGGGGACUGAAUCCAAAAACAAUGGGGUUGGAUGGGAUGGAAGUUAUUGCCAUUUUAGUUGUUAUUGCACUCUUUUUUGUGGUGCUCAAGCAGUUUGGAAUAUGGGAGCCUCUAUCAUUGGAAGACAGCUGUGAUGGCGAUCUGGAACUUUCCAUGGUGCGACACCAGCCUGUGGGCCUCGACCAGCUCCAAGCCCAGACCCAGUUCACCAGGAAGGAGCUGCAGUCACUUUACAGAGGUUUUAAAAAUGAAUGUCCCAGUGGGCUGGUGGAUGAAGAAACAUUCAAGACCAUUUACUCACAGUUCUUCCCUCAAGGAGAUGCAAAUACUUAUGCACACUUCCUAUUCAACGCUUUUGACAUGGACAGAAAUGGCUCCAUCCGCUUUGAAGAUUUCGUAUUGGGACUGUCCGUGUUGCUCCGAGGCUCUGUCACUGAAAAACUUCGAUGGGCAUUCAAUCUUUACGACAUUAACAAGGAUGGCUACAUCACCAAAGAGGAAAUGUUGGCAAUUAUGACGUCAAUUUAUGACAUGAUGGGUAGAUACACCUUACCCAGCGUCCGAGAUGAUUCUCCAUUCGAUCACGUAGAGAAAUUCUUCCAGAAAAUGGACCGCAACAGAGAUGGCGUGGUAACUAUUGAUGAGUUCAUAGAAACGUGCCAAAAGGAUGAAAACAUCAUGUCGUCCAUGCAGCUUUUUGAAAAUGUCAUCUAGUAUCUGUGGGAGGAUGAGGAUUGUUACCAUCAAGCAGCGCUUCCAGGAUUCCCAGAUUAGCCUUUAUUUGUGUGUGACAUUUCACCCGGAGCAUCCCUGCAAAGAGGACUUAUGCGGAGAAACACCACUCAUAGAAACAUCUGUGUCUUUGCAUGAGGUUUUUAUUGUUUUUGCACGUUAAAUCCAAAGUUGCCUGAUGAGCAUGGACGUUGUGUGAACAAUGAAAGCAUUUGGUACAAAGCAGACUGGUCUUUAUUGUACCUACUGGGCAUCAUGAUCUUAAGCUGUUAGGCGAUAGGUAUGUGGAAGCGCUGUUGAGCGCCACACUGUCCCGGUCACUCCCUGUGACCUUGCAUUGUCAGACAUCGGCACAGAAUGGAAUUUUAUUUCUUGACAAAACCUGUAUGCGCUCACAUGACUGUUUUUUUUUUUUUUUACGUUUGACACAACCAAGAAUUACACAACACGUUGUUGACUUGCGUGGCAGACAGUAGAGGGGUGUUUUUUUUUUCUUUUGUUUUUUUUUUUAUCAAACUUAAUAAACACAGAGCAGGAAUUGUCCCAAGCGUGCCUUCGGGGAAGUUCCAUAAACCCAUGACACGCAGCAGAAAAGUCUGUCCAUGCUCAAAAGAUUUGGAUUUUCCAUUCACGUACAAUCAUUCUUUUGUUCUGGACAACAUUCGGAACAGCUGACAUCAUUUUGGAAUCUCAAUGAUAAAUUAUGAAGAUGGUAUCAGUCAACAACAUCACAUCCUUUUUUUAUUCUAAUGGUUCGUCUGACCAAAGAUCUAAUGCUAUGGGCUUCUCUGCUGUCAUGGUAACAACAGAGAUUCCAGACAGUAGCCUCAGCCAGCUGUUCAGUGUCAUGAGACUAGAAGAGAACUGAUCAAACUUUAUCUGGUCCACUUGGUAUUCUCAACUCACAGAAAGUGGCGUGGGAAGGAAGAAUUAGUGGAGAGAUGAUAGGAACAGAGCGAGAUGAGAGAAAGGCAAAAAAUGUUGGAAGAAGAAAGACUGCAUCAAAUGGAUGCGUGUGGCUGAGCAGUAAAACAGGGUGGACUUCCCAGAAUUCAGACGAAGCCUGGUGAACAACAUGAGUUUCUUUUGUUCCUUUUCAGCGGCUGGUCCCGAACUCUUGAAAUUUCUCAUGAACUACACUGUGACCCUCACAUCCGCCUGUCAUGAAUGAGUUCAGACACAUAGAUCUGAACUAAACUCUUUUUUCUCUUCACAUGAAGGCUUCUGUGGGAAGCUCUGACAUAUGAUACACACUUUUUACAGACUUCAUUUUAAUUAUUUUCUUUUUGUUCCCUUUUCUAAUAAGCUGCAAUGUUUCUGUGAAUAUUACUUAUUAAUAAUACAAUAAUUCGAUCAUGUUUUCAGACAGCGCUUGCUUGCUUCCUACUAAUAACUGAACUUGAGUUGGGUUUACUGUUGGAAAUGUGACCAGGUCUUGGAAAUUUGAGUUGACAUGAGUCAGUAAAAGGUUGGAGACUAUCACCUUCCCGUGGUGGAGGAUCUGUCUUGCAGUCACCAGAAGUGUACCGUCUUGACGAUUCUGUGUCCGUCUGUGGUGCACAACAAUUAUCAGUUCAAGGAUGCAAGCAGCUGCAGUUUAGUUUUUUUAUUGUCAGGGUAGUUUGAGUGUCAAUUCUAGAUGGAGGUGAGAAGUUCAAACUUCUAUGGCAGAAGCCAAUCAAGAUGGCCCCAUCCUCAGAGUAGAGCAAUGGAUUUCAUUAUAAUAAUCUGAUUCCUCCAUGUUUGUUGUUGUUAUUAUCAUCCUAGCUGCCACGUGUCUUGUGCAUCAGUGUGAUCAGUGGACCAGGAACUCCUGCACUUACAAAGGUUUCCUGUUGUCUGGAGAGCAAACUGUUCAAUUAAAUUAAAUUAAAUUAAAAUAUUUUUGUUGUAAUUAAUUAAUCAUAAUUAGCUUG